AUGUUGCAAGCAUGGAGAAACACAAACACCAGCUUGUGACAAUUUAAACCGUAGUGUGUGUGUUGUUACAAUCAUUUUUAGAAUGAAUAUGAAUCGAAAAAGUCUGCAUUGUGUACAUGGGAAAAUGAACAGCCUAUUGAUGAACAUCUUAUAGCUCAGUAUGUGACAGAAAGUAAAAUGAGAGCAACAUGACUGUGGUUCGCUUUCUGUGUAGUUCAGUGUUUCUGACCAACCUGUCAGGCGAGAAUGAGUAUAAAGACUGAAUUUUGUAUUUCUUAUUCUGAAAGGAGUACCCUGGAAUCAAAAGUGUUUGAAGAUCUUGAAAAGGCCCUGGAAGACCUUGACUUGGUUUCAGCUGUAUCGAUGAUCAAAAAAAAGUAUUUGGAAGAUAUAAAUAAUAUUUCACUGAAUAUUGCUGUCACAGGACAGAGUGGAGUUGGAAAGUCCACCGUUGUUAAUGCCUUCAGGGGAAUAGACAACACAGAUGAGAGAGCGGCCCCUACUGGUGUGGAAACGACCAAACCUGAGCCUUACCCACAUCCAAUAUACCCCAAUGUUACAUUAUGGGAUCUCCCGGGAAUUGGGACCACCAAUUUCCCAGCUGAUCAGUACCUGGAGCGCUCUGGGUUUGAAAAUGUCGAUCUUUUUAUCAUCGUAUCAGCUGGUCGCUUCAGAGAGAAUGAUGCCAAGCUGGCUCAGGAGAUCAAGAAAAUGGGCAAGAAGUUCUACUUUGUUCGCUCUAAGAUUGACAACAACCUAAGUGAUGCAAAAAGGGGCCAGAGGGAGUACGAUGAAGAAAGGACACUUCAGGAAAUCAGGGAAAACUGCAUUCAAGAACUUGAACAACAAGGUGUGGCGUCUCCUCAGGUCUUCCUGGUUUCUGGUUUUGAUCUCCAUUUGUACGACUUCCCCGCCCUCCAGGACACCAUGGAGAGAGAGCUUCCCUCACACAAGAGAGAUGUUUUGAACAGGGGCAUUCCUAAAGUCUGCAAAAGCAUCAUUAACAAGAAGAAAGAGGUUUUCAGUUCACAAAUUUGGUACUAUGCUUUAACUUCUGCAGCUGUAGCAGCUGUACCUAUCCCAGGGCUUUCCUUCGCUGCCGAUGUAGGGAUCCUGGUCCGUGUUCUUACAAACUAUUUGAAUGGAUUUGGUCUGGAUGAGGAGUCCCUAGUGAAACUUUCCAGUGAUACAAAUACACCUUUAGAUGAUCUAAGGGCAGAAAUGAAAUGUCUUUGUUCUGGACAGAAUGUCACUAUAGAGCUUGUUUCGUUAAUGCUGCAUUCUCUACCACUUCUUACGGGGGAGGCAGCAAAGGAAGGUUCUAGAUGGAUUCCUGUUCUUGGAAUCCCAAUAGCGGCUUCAAUUUCUUACACUUUCAUCACCAGCUUUUUGACUUCUACUCUUGACAGCCUAUCUGUAGACGCAGAAAGUGUUCUGAUAAAGGCAUUGGACUGGACAUUUAGCUCCUUAAUAACAGGUUAUUCUGUAGCCGUUAGCAAUGAGUAACAAUGAACACUUAAACAAAAAUAAAGAAUGUUUAAAAUUGCAAUAGGGAAAUAAGUAAUUAAAUAGUAAGUAAUAGUAAGUGUCUUUGUUCAUGUCUCUUGAGUUUAUUUGAAUUACUGUUGAAACAUGACGCUGGGAAAUUGAUUGAUUCAAUAUUGGUUUUAAUGGCCAUGCUAUGUCCAGGCCGGUUUAAUCCACAGCCGGGACACUAUGAAUACAAUUUUUUCAUUUUAUGCCUAGAGAUUACAACUUUACAAUAUUGCAUUGUACUUACAAUAGCAUAUUACUCUGUCUUUCUCUUUCAUCUCAUCAACAAUAUAUCAUAUUACGAGGAAACUACAUGUUGUAUAUAUUGGGAUAUAAAAAAUAAAAUAAUUUGUU